AUGGACCAUCCACGUAGGCCGCACGCAGACAGCCCAGGAUCCACGGCGGAGCACCGCGACACGUACUCUGGGGAUGCGUCGAUGCGCGACUCAUCGCGCUCGCGCUCACGCAGUCGCUCGUACUCGCGCUCGCGCUCACGUUCGCGUUCACGUUCGCGUUCGCGUUCACGCUCGUAUUCGCGUUCGUAUUCACCGCCGCCGCCGCGUACGGGCCGGUCGCGCAGCCGCAGCUACACGCCGAGCCGGUCGCCAAGUCGGUCGCGGAGCCGGUCGCGGAGCCGGGCGCGGAGCCAGUCGCGGCAGCGCUCGCCAAGCCGCUCCCCAAGACACUCGGCGAGCCGCUCGCCCUCGCCCUCGCCCUCGCGCUCCGUGCCUCUAGUGGUGGUCUCGGGACUGACAGAGAAGAUCACCAAGGAGCACAUCCAGGAGCUGUUCAGCGCAUACGGUUCCCCCUUGGAUGUGCGGAUGUGGCGUCGGCAGCGCAAAAGGCAUGGACGCCAGGAGCUGCAUGCCAAGGCGUUCAUUAACUACGCGAAGCUGGAGGAGGCAGUGCUGGCAGCGGAGAAAAUGAACGGCGCGGUGAUCGACGAGGUUACGGUCGAGGUGCGCCAGGAUAUGGAUGAUGGCGGGUGGAAGAAGCGCCAGAAUAAGCGCAAGCGCCAGGGGCAGCGCCCGGAGGGCAGACGUAAGCGCGGCGGGCGUAGGCGCGAUCGCCGGAGUGGCGCACGCAGGCGGUCGCGGUCGGCUGACCGGUGGCAGCCGGAGCGCAGGUACCGAUCCCCGUCGCCGUAUCGCAGACGGUCGCGUGGCAGACGGUCGCCGGUCAGGUCGCGGUCGCCGUACGGGCGCCGGGCCGGAUCCAGGUACGACCGGUACCACAGCAGGUCGCCUUCUCCCCGGUACAGCAGAUACCGCAGCAGCCGGUACUCCCGCAGUCGCUCGGUCUCCCGUGGCAGGAGGUAA